AUGGCAAUCUUGAACUCCAGCAGCACCCUGUCCUCCACAUUCUAUUUCACAGGUAUUCCUGGCUAUGAAGAAUUUAACCACUGGAUUUCCAUCCCCUUCUGUCUCCUAUACCUUGUUGGAAUAACAGGCAACUGCAUCAUCCUGCAUGUUAUCCGGACAGACCCCAGGCUGCAUGAGCCCAUGUACUACUUCCUGGCCAUGCUUUCUCUCACUGACCUGGGUAUGUCCCUGGCCCCAGUGAUAACACUUUUCAGGGUGCUGUGGUCCAUUUCUAGGGAGAUUCAGUUCAAUAUCUGUGUGGUCCAGAUGUUUGUGAUUCACACUUUCUCCUUCACUGAGUCAUCUGUGCUCUUGGCCAUGGCCCUGGACCGAUAUGUAGCUAUCUGUCAGCCACUGCGAUAUGCUACCAUUCUCACCCCAAAGCUGAUCAUCAAGGUUGGGAUUGCAGCCCUGCUCAGAAGUGCUAUUCUAAUGAUUCCACCUCUUGCUCGUCUGGCGUUCUUUCGCUUCUGUCACUCCCAUGUCCUUUCUCAUUCCUAUUGUCUGCACCAGGACAUGAUUCGCCUUGCCUGUGCUGACACUAAAUUUAAUGUUAUAUAUGGUUUGGUUGUGAUUAUUCUACUAUGGGGCCUGGAUGCUCUGGGCAUUUUAAUAUCGUAUGCUUUCAUUCUUCAUUCUGUAUUAAAAAUUACAUCCCGUGAGGGGAGACUGAAGGCACUCAACACGUGUGCCUCCCACAUCUGUGCUGUGCUCAUUCUGUAUGUGCCUAUGAUAGGGUUAUCUAUUGUCCAUCGUUUUGCCAAGCAUUCCUCUCCACUCAUUCACAUUUUCAUGGCUCAUAUCUACUUAAUGGUUCCACCAGUUCUCAACCCAAUCAUCUAUAGUGUGAAAACUAAGCAGAUCCGCCAAGGGAUAUUUCACCUACUACUUCAUCCUCAAAUUAGGUCUCUAGUGACAUAG